AUGAGGCUCUCCACAGGAAUUGCCCACCUCCUUGUCGAUAUCCAAUCGAGGUACAUUUCGGCCUUCAGAGUUCCACAGCACCCACGUUUCCCAGAUAUCCGUCGGACCCGCAGGUACGGUGCCUUCAGCCGCAUUGAGGCUGCGACGAUCGAAACAUUGGAGGUGCUCCGAAACGUCGCAGUUUAUAGCCUGGUUAUGGAAGGCAACCAAGCCAGGUGUCGCGGUGAGGGUCAAGCGGAAUUUUUACAAUCACGAAACGAAGAAUGUUCCAAAAGGAGACGGCUGGACAUGCCCCCCAGAACAAUGGUACGAGACGAGUGCUGCGUGUCAAUUCCGAUGAAUGACUCUGAUACGUUGGCGAGAUCGGAUCGGAAUCAUGGUUUGGUAGCUCUUUCGAUGCAUAGAAUAAGCGACCUCAUGCAAGAAAACUCGAUCUACCAUCAAGUCUUCAUCAGACCACGAAAAGAAGCCCAUGACUUGCGAACGCGCGGACGGAGAAAAGGUUUGAGAUUCCAAUGGUUCGCGCGGAAUGCCGAGUGCAGGGACGGAACGUACCCUCCAGUAUUGAAGGAAAGAGAACUUGCCUGA